UCAACAAACGAUGGAUGACGUUCUAUGUUCUGGUUAUUCUCAUAAGACAAUUUAGACGCACUGCAGAGGCGUAUGGAGGUUUGUGUCCCAAAAUGUGAACUUUCAUACGAUUCUGUGAUCGGUGGUUGUUGUUUUAAAGAUUUUGAGAACAGAUUUUGUGGUUUCCGUGUCCAGGUCACUGACAGUGAUGCUCGUCUAUGUUUGCUCUGUCGUUCCAAAAAGUAGCUUGAUGAGUGUCCAAAGUAACAGUGGAAGUGGUGGAAGUUUAGAGGGGACGCCAUCUUGGUCCCAGCUCUCCACGUCCCCAACACCGGGGCUGCUUUCUCAGCAACACAGUGCAGCACUGGCGAAGGCCAAGGAAGGGGGUAGGGGUGUUUAGGGGGUCUAAUCAGAUGUUGCCACUGUUGUGAGCGAUGGAGGAGCUGCACAGUCUGGAUCCGCGGCGGCAGGAGCUGCUGGAGGCUCGCUUCAUGGGGGCGGUGAGCGGCAGCACGGGGGGAAGCACGGGGAGCACCAGCGGGGGAACCAAAGGCUUGACAAACAAUGAAUGUUCAAAUCACAGUUUCGGCAGCCUGGGGUCCUUAAGUGACAAGGAAUCUGAGGGCUCAGAUGUGAAGAGAGGGAGCUCUCCGGCAUAUUCAACCCCUGAGAAGAAGCACUCGGAGACGUCCCGAGGGAGGAAGAGGAAGGCCGAGCACCAAUCAGAGAGCAGCCAAGGGAAGACCACUGCACGAGGACCCAAGAUCAGUGACUACUUUGAUUUCCAGGGUGGUAAUGGGUCCAGUCCGGUGAGGGCUCUUCCUCCAGUGCUGCGCUCCCCACAGAACUCACAUUCCCACUCGGCCCCCAGCUCCAUGAUACGGCAGAACAGCUCGUCCCCCACGAGCCUGUCCUUCGACCACGUCAUGCACCCCAAACAGUUGGCUGUCAAGUCUGUUCAGACUGAUCUUACAGGGAUGAAGCUGGCUGCCCUGGAGAGUAAUAAGAGCCUGGACUUGGAGAAGAAGGAGGGCCGCAUAGACGACCUUCUGAGGGCGAACUGUGAUCUCAGGAGACAGAUAGACGAACAACAGAAACUACUUGAAAAGUACAAGGAGCGCUUAAAUAAGUGCAUCACUAUGAGCAAGAAGCUGCUUAUAGAGAAGAGCACCACGGAGAAGCAGGCGUGCCGGGAGAAGAGCAUGCAGGACCGGCUGCGUCUGGGCCAGUUCACCACCGUCAGACACGGGGCCUCCUACACGGAGCAGUGGAGCGACGGCUACGCCUUCCAGAAACUCGUCAAACAGCAGGAGUGGAUCAACCAGCAGAGGGAGGACAUUGAGAGGCAGCGGAAGCUCCUUGCUAAGAGGAAGCCCCCGUCGAGCAGCAACUCCCAGAGCCCCACGCCCAACUCGGAGCCAAAGCAGCGCAAGACCAAGACCGUCAACGGGGCCGACAACGACCCCUUCCUCAAGCCCAGCCUACCCCAGCUUCUGACGAUAGCAGAGUACCAUGAACAGGAGGAGAUCUUCAAGCUGAGACUUGGUCACCUAAAAAAGGAGGAGGCUGAGAUCCAGGCGGAGCUGGAGCGUCUGGAGAGAGUGAGAAACCUUCACAUCCGAGAGCUAAAGAGAAUCAACAACGAGGACAGCUCACAGUUCAAAGACCACCCGACUCUGAACGAGCGAUACCUGCUGUUGCAUCUGCUGGGAAGAGGAGGUUUCAGUGAAGUUUACAAGGCCUUUGACCUGUUUGAACAACGCUACGCCGCUGUGAAAAUCCAUCAACUCAACAAGAACUGGAGAGAGGAGAAGAAGGAGAAUUACCACAAACACGCCUGCCGAGAGUACCGAAUUCACAAGCAGCUGGACCAUCCCAGAAUAGUCAAGCUCUACGACUACUUCUCUCUGGACACCGACACGUUUUGUACAGUUUUGGAAUACUGUGAAGGCAAUGACUUGGACUUCUACUUGAAGCAGCACAAGCUGAUGUCUGAGAAGGAGGCUCGUUCCAUCGUCAUGCAGAUCGUCAACGCGCUGCGCUACUUGAACGAGAUCAAGCCGCCCAUCAUCCACUACGACCUCAAGCCAGGUAAUAUUCUGCUGGUGGACGGCACGGCGUGCGGCGAGAUCAAGAUCACGGACUUUGGCCUGUCCAAGAUCAUGGACGACGACAACUACGGGGUGGACGGCAUGGACCUGACCUCUCAGGGAGCCGGCACUUACUGGUACUUGCCCCCUGAGUGUUUUGUGGUGGGGAAGGAGCCUCCUAAGAUCUCCAACAAAGUGGACGUGUGGUCGGUGGGGGUCAUCUUUUUCCAGUGCCUCUAUGGGAGAAAG